AUGGACGCCAAUACAUCGUCGUCUGCCUUCCCCUCCAUGCUGGCUGGCUCCAAGUAUGGCAACAUCAAUGUUCCUCCCCAGCUAGACAUGAUCCUCGAUGCCGUCACCACUGCCAGCCCCUGGACCAUUAUCCUGACCAUCUUGGCAAUGUGUGUAGUCUAUGACCAGAUUAGCUACCUCAUGAACAAGGGGUCAAUUGUUGGCCCGGCCUGGAAGAUGCCAUUUAUCGGACCUUUUUUGCAGUCUAUGAACCCCAAGUUUGAGGAAUACUAUGCUAAAUGGGCCAGUGGUCCCCUUAGCUGUGUCUCCGUCUUCCACAAGUUCGUCGUCAUUGCUUCUACCCGAGAUAUGGCUCGAAAAGUCCUCAAUUCGCCCAUGUACGUCAAGCCUUGUGUUGUUGAUGUCGCCCAUAAGCUUCUUGGACACGACAACUGGGUUUUCCUCGAUGGCAAGGCCCACGUCGACUUUCGUAAGGGACUUAAUGGUCUCUUUACCCGCAAGGCUCUUGAGUGCUAUCUGCCUGGCCAGGAGGAAGUCUACAAGACGUACUUCAAGAAGUUCCUCAGCGUCACCAAAGAGAACAACGGGAAGCCCGUGCCAUCCAUGCCUGAAUUCCGCGAACUGAUGUGCGCCGUGUCUUGCCGCACCUUUGUUGGCCACUACAUGUCCGAUGCUGCCGUCAAGAAGAUCGCCGAUGACUACUACCUGAUCACCGCUGCUCUCGAGCUUGUCAAUUUCCCAAUUAUUAUUCCUUUCACCAAAACCUGGUAUGGCAAAAAGGCCGCUGACAUGGUUCUUGUCGAGUUUGCCAAGUGUGCAGCCAAGAGCAAGGUCCGUAUGGCUGCUGGUGGUGAGGUGACCUGCAUUAUGGAUGGCUGGAUUCUUCAGAUGAUUCAGUCUGACCGCUGGCGCGAGGCUCAGGAGAAGGGUGAGAAUAUGGAGGGCGUGGAAAAGCCGUCGCCCUUGCUCCGCAUGUUCUCCGACUACGAAAUAUCACAGACCGUCUUCACUUUCCUCUUUGCUUCCCAGGAUGCUACGAGCAGCGCCGCCACUUGGCUUUUCCAGGUUACCGCUCAGCGGCCAGAUGUUUUGGAUCGUGUUCGCGAGGAGAAUAUGAAGGUCCGCAACGGUGACCCUGAUGCGGAGAUCAACAUGGAUCAGCUUGAGUCUCUUACCUACACCCGCGCAGUCGUUCGUGAAUUGCUUCGAUACCGCCCUCCAGUGCUGAUGGUUCCUUACCUGGUCAAGAAGCCAUUCCCUAUUACUGAUUCGUACACUGUUCCUAAGGGUUCUAUGGUUGUCCCUACCACUUACAUGGCUCUGCAUGACCCUGAGGUUUAUGAGAACCCGGACUACUUCGACCCUGAGCGGUACUACUCUGGAGAUGCCGAGGUGAAGGGUGCCAAGAACUAUCUUGUGUUUGGCACUGGCCCUCAUUACUGUCUUGGCCAAGUUUAUGCCCAGCUCAACCUUGCAUUGAUGGUGGGUAAGGCUUCUGUUCAGAUGAAAUGGACUCACCAUCCCACACCGCUGUCCGAGGAGAUCAAGGUGUUUGCUACCAUCUUCCCCAAGGAUGACUGUCCCCUCACCUUUGAGAAGCGCGAGUGGUAA